AUGGCGCCUUUCUCUUUAUGUGUCCACUUGCGACUUUCUUCUGUUCCCUCUGUUCCCUCCUUAUAUCCUUAUAUUCCGCAUCUAUAUCAUAUUCCCUCGGCGCCAGCAAAAAUGGCCAUCGCUGGCGCCCAACGCAAGCAGGUACUGAAAGUGCUGAUGCUCUCGUUGUUGAUCGACCUGAUCUCAUUCACAUUCAUCCUGCCUCUGUUCCCCUCCCUGCUAUCAUUCUAUCGCACCCAGGACCCAUCGCCGGACUCCAUUCUUAACCGCAUCUUCCAUUAUCUGAACGCCUACAAGAACUCUUUUGCGCGCCCCAUCAACUCGCGCUAUGACAUCGUCCUCCUUGGGGGGGCCCUGGGCUCAAUGUUCUCCCUCCUCCAGGCUUUCGCGGCCCCCAUCAUCGGCGGCCUAUCUGACCGCUAUGGCCGGCGUCGCGCCCUUCUUAUCUCUAUGCUGGGAAAUUUAAUGAGUGUGAUCCUUUGGGUGUCCGCAAAGGAUUUCCGCACCUUCCUUGCCAGUCGCAUCGUCGGAGGUAUCAGCGAGGCGAAUGUACAAAUGGCCAAUGCCAUCGUGGCGGACAUCACGGAUGCUGAGCAUCGUGGUUCCUCUAUGGCGUUGGUGGGGGUGUGCUUCAGUAUAGCAUUCACUUUUGGCCCGAUGCUAGGCGCGGGGCUGAGUACGGUUGACAUCGUCGCUGAGAAUCCGUUUAUUGUCGCUGCAAUUGUGUCGUUUGGACUGAUUCUGAUCGAAACAGUGUAUCUCUGGGCCUGUCUGCCCGAGACUCACCCUCGAUUGACGACACUCCCGGUUGAAGGCGCAUGUGAGAAGAGUAAUGCACCGAGCGCAGAUGAGAACAAGAAACCAUCGCCUAGCAAGUGCGCUCACACCAAUAACCCGGCUCUGCUCAAUGCGCUCCACUUCCUCUUCCUGCUUCCUUUCUCAGGGCUGGAAUUCUCUCUCCCGUUCUUAACUACAACCCUCUACGCGGGAACUGCUACAACAGCUAGCCCUGCUGCGCUGAACGGUCGUCUCCUGUCUCUCAUGGGAUUGGUCGCCUCUCUGCUCCAGGGCACAGUUGUGCGCCGUCUGCCACCGCUGCUUACCCUCCGUGUGGGCAUAGUGGCCUGCGCGAUCUCCUUCUUCUGCCUUGCUCAUGUUGCUUCGCCGUCGGGUCUUUACGCGGCUGGUGCCCUGCUGGCUGUGACAACAGCCACUGUGGUUACCGGGCUGAACAGCCUGGGCAGCUUUGAGGCGCAAGAUGCGGACCGCGGGGCGGUCAUGGGUCGUCUGAGGGGAUGGGGCCAGGCUGGUCGCGCAACGGGCCCUAUCGUGUUCUGCUCGCUGUUCUGGUGGGCUGGACGCGAGGCUGCCUAUACUGCAGGCGGGGCGGCCAUGUGCAUUGUUGCGAUUGCAGCAUUUGGAUUGCUCAAGUCACCCAUUCAGCACAAGAAGACUGAGUAA